AUGCAAGCCAAUGUCACAGAAGGCAGCAAUAGCUCAAAUGGGAGCGCUGACAGCCUGGAUUCCACUCUUGUCACUUGCACAGAGACAGUGACUUUCGCUGAAGUGCUGGAGGAAGAGGAAUUGGAAUCCUUCUAUUAUUCCUUCAAGACAGAACAGCUGGUUACCCUUUGGAUUCUGUUCAUCAUAACGGUUGUUGGGAACUCCAUUGUUUUGCUCUCCACCUGGAGGAGGAAGAGGAAAUCCAGGAUGACUUUCUUUGUCACCCAGCUAGCCAUAACAGAUUGUUUUACAGGCCUUAUAAAUAUAAUGACUGAUAUAAUUUGGCGCUUCACUGGAGAUUUCAUGGCCCCUGAUCUCGUCUGCCGAAUUGUUCGCUACCUGCAGGUUGUACUUUUGUAUGCUUCAACCUAUGUCCUGGUCUCACUAAGCAUAGACCGAUAUCAUGCCAUUGUGUAUCCAAUGAAAUUCUUCCAAGGAGAAAGGCAAGCAAAAAUCCUCAUUGUAGUUGCCUGGGGCCUUGCUUUCCUGUUUUCAAUUCCAACACUGAUUAUAUUCGGGAAGCGGCAAUUAUCCAAUGGAGAAGUUCAGUGCUGGGCUGCCUGGCCCGAUGACUCCUACUGGAUCCCCUACAUGACCACCGUUGCCUUCCUGGUUUAUUUCAUCCCUCUGAUUAUUAUCAGCGUUAUUUACUUCAUUGUGAUCCGAACAAUAUGGGUUAAGAGCAAAGCUCAUGCUGUCAUUGUUUCCAACUGCUCAGAUGGCAAAUUCUGUGCUAGCUUCACCCAUCGGGGACUCAUAUCAAAGGCGAAAAUCAAAGCUAUCAAGUACAGUGUGGUAAUAAUUCUUGCUUUUGUACUCUGCUGGAGUCCCUACUUUCUCUUUGACAUUCUGGACAACUUCAGCGUCUUCCCUGAAACCAAAGAACGCUUCUACGCCGCAGUGAUUAUUCAGAAUCUGCCAUCUUUAAACAGCGCCAUCAAUCCCAUCAUAUACUGUGUUUUCAGCAACACCCUUUCUUUCUGCAGACAAACGCGAAGAAAAUCAGGAAAUUUGGGGACCUUCAGAGAAAGAACUGAAGGGCAAGAGAUGCAGGCGGUAUCCACGCCCGAAUAUAUUUAGAGUUGAUAUGUGACUAUAAAGGCCACCUUGAGUCUGAGGGGCGAAACAGAAGCCUC